GAUCGAGCGAAUCCCAUUCGCCGUCGUGGACGCCAUGAGUUGCGCGGCGGUGUGGGCUCCCCCGUCCGGUCUCGGCCGCCACCCCGGAACCUCCUCCCCCUUGCCCGUAGGGAAGCGACAGGGGAGAGCUUCCUACACCUUCCGGGCCUGUGCCGGCGCUGGGGACGCGGAUGAAGGCAGCGGAGGGACCCCACGGCGGAUGGUGCUGCACGAUUCCCUGGACGCCGCGGGGGUCGCCACCGAGCACGCCAGGGCGGCGAGGGAGGGCUUCGCGAAGCAGAUCGGGAGGCUCACCAGGCUCAACGCGGAGUCCAGCAUCGCCAUCAGCCGCGGCGCUGACCUCGCGCGCACCGCGCUCUGCAUCGCCGCCGAGGACGACUCGCUCGUCUCCCACUCCUCCGUGCCGCUCCCCGUUGAUGCCUUCAUCGCGCGCCUGGACGACCUCUCCACCGGGUUCCUCGCCGCGGGGUUCCUCCCGCCCUCCGGCGCGCCUCCGGAGGUCUUCUUUGAUCACCUCGACCGCUACCUCUUUGGUUACAAGGGGUUUCGACGAUCGAAUGAAAUGUCAGAUGCACGGGCUAUAUAUCUUCACUCGGCUUUGACAUGCCGAUCAGGAUCAGCUCUAAUGCUCUCGUUGAUAUAUUCGGAGAUGCUGAAGACACUACGAUUAUAUGGCUUACUAGACUUUGAUGAAGAGAUCUCCUUUCCACAUGAUCACAAUAGCCUCCCUAGGGGCUAUGACAAACAAAAAAGCAAGUUGUCUGAUGAACCAAAUAUUAUGACAUCAAAGUCACUUUUGGUUGAGAUUUUACAGACUCUAAAGGGUAUGUUUUGGCCGUUCCAGUCCAACCAGUCAAGUAGCUUAUUUUUGAAUGCUGUUGCUGCCAACCAUGAUGGACCUGGUAAUGCAGGCAACAGUCAAGCAAGGUCACAUGGCAAUAUAAGUGCCAUAGAGAUGGCUGCUGCUAAAGCUGCUCAACAUAGGCUGAUGCGUGGGGUAUGGACAAAUGUGCGCUUUGGUGAUAUGCGGCGUGCUUUAGCAGCUUGCGAGAGACUUGUCCUACUGGAUCACGAUCCCCGCGAACUUAGAGACUAUGCUGCCCUUCUGUACCACUGUGCUCAUUAUGAAGAAUGCCUGCAGUACUUAACAUCAUACCAAACUGCCACGGUUUUUCAACCAAAGAACAGCCCAUUGGAGAUUUUGGAGGAUGAUGCAGUGGCUACCCUGAGGGUACGGGUAAGCCUAAUUUUAGCUGAGGAUGGUUGGACUCGCCGCAGACACACCGCAAGCUACUGGACCAAGAACUCUGAGCCGUGGUAGAUUAGAUACUCAUUCCUGAUGCUGUAUAUAUUGCGCCAUGCUGAAACAUUGCCACACAACAUGUACAUAGAAUUUUCCCCUGGCUGUUUCCCAUUCCGUAUGAGAUGGAGCUGAACAUCAGGUACCGUCUUGACAUGUUCGAGAUGGCAGCACUUGCCGAUUGCAAUU